ACUGAGGUAAAAGGGUGCAGGGGGAGCAGAACAAGAAGGAUUAGGGGACGUGGGGAAAGAAGGCUGAACUACUUUGAUAGAGGUCAAACCGUGGAGCAGUCAGGAAACAACAGGCAUUGUUUUUGAACAUCUAAUUUUGAGAUAAGUGCUGUUUCUUAACACGUACCUGAGGAAUGUGGCUAAUGCAGUGGUGACCUUCUGAAGAUGACAGCGGACAAACCUCUCUUAGGCGCGGAAAUGACACGAAUGGGUUUUAUCUUCCUGCUCCUGAGUAACGCCGCGUCAGUCUCCACACAGUUUAAUGGAUACAACUGCGAUGCCAACUACCACAGCAGGUUUCCAGGUGAAAGGGACAUCAGCGUGUACUGCGGGGUUCAGACCAUCACUUUGAAGAUCAACUUCUGUCCUGUUCUCUUCUCCGGCUACACCGACGCAGAUUUGGCCCUCAACGGCCAUCACAGCGAAGCCCAGUGUCGCGGCUUCAUCAACAACAACACUUUCCCCACAGCACUUCUGUUCAGCAUCAGCCUCAGCACUUUGGAGGCCUGCGGCAACAGUCUGGUGGUCAGCACAGCCUACGGGCCCACUGCCUAUGGGAACAUGUCUCUUGUACAAAUUGGGAAUAUAUCAGGCUACAUCGACACCCCUGACCCACCAACUAUAAUCAGCUAUCUGCCUGGUUUGUUGUAUAAAUUCAGUUGCAGCUACCCGCUGGAGUACCUGGUCAAUAACUCACAGCUGGCAUCAUCCUCUGCAGCUGUGUCUGUCAAAGACAGCAACGGUACUUUUGUGAGCACGCUCAGUAUGAUCCUGUACAACGAUUCAGCAUACAAUCAGCCUCUCUCUAUCCCCAUGGCUGGACUGGCUCUGAAAACCAGAGUAUUUGCUGCUGUGAAAGCCACAAACUUAGACAAACGGUGGAACAUUUUGAUGGACUACUGUUACACAACCCCCUCAGGGAAUCCUAAUGAUGAACUCCGCUAUGACCUUUUCUUUGGUUGCUAUAAAGAUCCCCAGACGACAGUUUUGGAGAACGGGAAGAGCCAGAUGGGCCGUUUUUCCUUUGAGGUUUUCCGUUUUGUUAAACACAGGCACCAGAAGAUGUCGACUGUGUUUUUGCACUGCGUCACCAAGCUUUGCCGGGCCGAUGACUGCAUCAUGUUAAUGCCUAUCUGUGGGCGGCGGCGCAAAAGGGAAGAGGAGACCCCUGAUUCCAUGGCAGCAGCAUCAGGGAACGCCAUCCUCUCUGCCGGUCCAAUCAUCACCAGGAGUGAUGAAACUCCUGUCAACAACUCCCAGCUCGCCUCUGGAGAUCUCUCCCAUUCAAUGAACCCAGUGACCAGUGCUCUGAUCUCAGGUGUGGUCAUCCUGAGUGUGGUCAGUGUGUGCUUCUUCCUGCUGUUGCUCCGCUUCCUGCUGAAGCCCCGCCCCCCAGCGACAACAGCAGCCUCAGGUGUUUGGAAUCCAAGCUUUAAAUAAACAUCUGCAUGUUGUGCAACAUGUGUAUCAUUUAAGGUGUUGUAUAUUUAUUGCGUUCAGUACCUCAGAAUGUUUCAUCUUUUGUGGGUUUGCAUAAUAAUCGUGUUUAGAAAAUGUUGCAUUUAAUGACUCCAUAUUUUUAACAAGCGUGUUUUUUCUCUUUCUUUCCAUUUUUGUAACCAGUAUAUGUAUCAAAUCACAGAUUAGAGACGCCAUUGUUUUUUUGGUCUUUGUUUUCCUGUGAAAUGUUAUAGUAUUCAAACCCUGUACAAUAUCAAAAGGAAAUAGUGAGUGAAUUCAAGCAGGUGGAUUUCUUGAUCUGUUUUUGAAUUCAGCUUCCAGUUUCUGUUUGCAUUCAAGUUUUAAAUAUACGUUUGUGGUGGAUAUAAAUUCUGAUUUUAAAAUAAAAACAGUAAAACU